AUGAGUACAACUGCUAAUUUGGAGACUGUGCAAAAUAGCCUGAAAAUUGCAACCGUAAAGGAGAUCAAUGAUUGUAUAAAAGAAUUGAACAAGUCACUUAACACACGAUCAAAACUGUCAAUGUCUGGUAGAAAAGAAGAAAAAAUUAAUAGAGUUUCCAAUUUUAUCACGGCUUUAAUAAAUAAUAAGAAUAGAACUGCACUUGCCAAUCUUGUGUCUAUUGUUAAUAAGUCAGCUCCAAACAAAUUUCAUUGGCAACUUAAUGGAGAUGAAGUCAUUAUAAAUAAUGUUUUUGCAAAACCUACAGCAGAAAUAAAUAAAAAGUUAGCACUCUCAGAAGAUCUAAGCUUUCAUCCAAGUCCCUUUUUGAAACCUAUAGAAAGAUUAACUAGUGUUAAAAUAUGUCCAGCUUCAGUUGACGAACGCAAGUCGAAAUUGUUUCAAUUUGUACUUACUGACGUGAAUAGACAAUUAUUAUCUACACCUAAUACAGUUGAUAAUCGACCACCCAUUCAAAUAAGAUUUUACUGCUCUAAAUAUACAGGCAGUUAUUCUAAUUUAUUAGUUGAAUUUCCGCCAGUUUGUGAAUUGAGGGUGAAUGAUGGUGUUAUUCAAGGCAAUCAUUUACGUUGCUUGAAAGGAAAACCAGGCACGGUGAAUCCACCUGAUCUUUCAGUUAUGAUGAGAAAACAAGCGAUAAAUAAUGUGGAAUUAGUGUAUAUUAAUAGUGAUACUCCAUAUAUUGCUAGUAUAUAUAUCGUAGAAAGAACACCUGUUCCUACUUUGAUUGAUAUCAUGAAAGAAAAAAGAUUUGUCACUAAGGAAAAAAUAUUAGAAAAACUACAACAAACACAAGAAGAUGCUGAAAUUAUUAUGGAAUCAGAAACAUUAUCGACAAAAGACCCUCUUGCAUUUUCACGCAUUGUUACACCUAUUCGAUCUAAUAAAUGUCAGCAUCUUCAAUGCUUUGAUGCAUCCAUUUAUCUUAUAAUGAAUGAACAGACACCUACCUGGACUUGUCCAGUUUGUUAUCGACGGAUAGAAAGCUGGGAAGAUUUAUUUGUGGAUGGAUAUUUUACAGAAAUGUUAAAGAAUACACCUAAACAUGUUGAUAGUGUACGAGUUGAACCUAAUGGUCAUAUUACAAUCAUUGAUGAAGAUCCAGCUUUGGCUAAUGAUUCAGAUGAUGAUAAUGAUGAAGAAGAAUCACGAUUGUUAAGGAAUGUCAAAAACGAAGAGAAAGAGGUGACAACUAUCUUAUUAGACGAUGAUGAUGAAGAAGAAGGAGAAGAAGAAAACGUACAGCAACUGAAUAAUGAUAAUAAUACAACAAAUGCUAAUGGUACAACUGCUGUCGAAAAGAGAAUAGAAAGAGAGCAGAGUAGUAGUAAUAGUAGUAGUAAUGAUGAUCAGCAUAUAUCAUCAGUAAAUCAUAAUACUAUUACAGAAACAACACCUAAAUAUGGUGAUAAUAUACCCAUUUCAAUAUCAUCAUAUAAACCUAAUACAACAACGAAUAAUAGUAACAAUUCAAAAGAAGGAGAACCAAUACGAAAGAAGCAAAAAACAACAGAAGUUAUCGAUUUAACUCUUGAUAGUGAUGAUGAUAUUGUGGAAGAAGUGCAGCAAAGCAACAUAAGGUAA